AUGACGCUCAUUGAAAGCGCCCCGGUUCAUCGACUUCCCACAGGAUCAUACGUUUGUUCUAGCCCACCGGUCACUUCCGCCAGUCAUUCCCGUGUUAGUUUGUCCGCAUUCCAUGCGGAGGACGUGCAACGUAGCUCGCGCAUUUCAACUGCCGCUACCCUCCCCGCUGCUUCGAUGUGCAAUUCAGCGUCAGCAGCGUCGCUUGGCGAGGAUCCGACCAUCGGAGCGUCUGUCGACAUUUCGCAUUGCCAUGGUAUAUCGCCUCGCCGCCGCCCUUCUAAUCCCGUACCCCUCACACAGACGCUCAUUGAAAGCGCCCCGGUUCAUCGACUUCCCACAGGAUCAUACGUUUGUUCUAGCCCACCGGUCACUUCCGCCAGUCAUUCCCGUGUUAGUUUGUCCGCAUUCCAUGCGGAGGACGUGCAACGUAGCUCGCGCAUUUCAACUGCCGCUACCCUCCCCGCUGCUUCGAUGUGCAAUUCAGUUUGCGAAAUUACAGACUCGGAAUCGUCUCCUGUUGACACCCACAACGGCGACGAAGCACCUGCGAUUUGGUGCUCUUCGAGCAAAUCUAGAAAUUAUCCACAUCCUUCAAGCUUCGACUAUGGGGUUCCGCGACUACCUACGAACCAGAUUUUUCUACCAACAGAACCACAUUCUUUACCUGGAUUUCGACCGGAUCCAUACCAUUUCUAUCGAUACCCUCCUACAAACAAUGCACUCCCCUUCUCACCCUUCCAUCAAUUGACCAAUCGGGACGUUCUAAGCAACACUGCAGAUAGAUACUGGAUGCCUCGAGGGUCCACUCCGUUCGCGGAGCCAAAAAUCACACGAAGAUAUGAACGUAGGUGUGUGAAGAACCCGUACUACGACUACAAGAGCAUGGACGCAUUUUCGUAUACACAUUACAUGGCUCGCCGACCGUGUCCUCCUCCCCCUAGUCAUUUUAUUGAUACAACUCGUCUGAAUCCCUUGUAUUCUGAUUUGAUGAACACAUCGGAUCACCGCAUUGUCCUCAGUAACCGCAACAGCAACACUGGACACGAAGUUUUAUCGAACCGCUCACGGGACACUCGUAGAGGCCAUUUCACCUGAGGUUGGUUUCAGUCCUACUUGUUAACUAUGUGGAUCGAUCAGGUGUUAUAUUUCUUGACACUGGGAGACAUGGUCCAGAAUAGUGUACCGGUUGAAUCCGCAAUAGCUGCGAUUUGUACAACAAAAUUUCCAAAUCGGGUUACACAUCUUGUGGGGCCAGUAUGUUGGCUUGCGCUUUAUUAUUUGUCCACCGCCAUCUUAAAAGAAGUGUUCUGACAAAAUAACGCUUUGCGGCCUGGAAGAAGCUAGACUACCGUUCUUGGCAAUCAAUC